AUGGCUCACACGACGUUCCCAUCCGACAUUCCCCAACCAGAAGACGACGGAGCAAGCAAUCACCUGACCGGCCUGACCAUUCCCUCCAUCUCUCUCGCCUCCACAUCCGGCAACUCCAUCAACCUCUCGACUCUCUCGGGCCGAACCAUUCUCUUCUGCUACCCUCGAACCGCAGCCCCCAACGAGACAGUCCCCGACGACUGGAACGCAAUUCCCGGCGCGAGAGGCUGUACACCACAAGCAUGUUCGUUCCGUGAUGCCUUUCAAGACUUUGUUAAUGAGCUCGGCGUCAGUCAGAUUUUUGGCGCGAGUACGCAAGAUACGCCAUAUCAGCAGGAAUUGAAGGGGAGAACGCAUUUACCUUUUCAUCUCUUGAGUGAUGAGGGGCUGGAGUUGGUGAAAGGUCUUCAAUUGCCGACGUUUGAGUAUAAGGGACAGAUACUGAUGAAGAGGUUGAGUAUGGUAAUUGAAAAUGGGAGGAUUCGGAAGGUCUUUUAUCCCGUUUUUCCUCCGAAUGAGAGUGCGAAUGAAGUGAGGGAGUGGUUGAAGAGUGAGCAGGGAUUGAGGAAGGAUAUAUAAUCUGUCGAAUGGGUGGUGAGUAUGAUAUUUUCCUGCGUAAAGUAGCCUUUAUCGAGUAUCCGAUUACUGAGGACUUGACAUCUUCAAUAAC